AUGAAUGAUUUCCGACAUCUCCAGGAUGAUUUCCGACAUCUCCAGGCUACCCGAUACACCAGUGCUGCUGCCUUGGUGAUCAUUCUGUACGAUCAUUUGCUCACCAUCCCUCAAGAGAUCGACGUCAUCUGGACCAGCCGUUGGAACGCUCUGAAGGUGUUAUGUUUGCUCAGCCGCUACCUCGUUCCUACGGCUGUCUUGAUGCAAACCUACGAUAUCGUUCUCCAUCGACUGUGGGCUCUCUGGGAGAAGGACAAAGUCCUCGUUCGACUGACCUUCAUGAUCUUCGUCAUCUCUCAAGUAGUGACGUUGGUGGCGCUGGCCGUGAAUUCCGUCGACCUUCGAAAGAGCGUGAUAUUCAACCACGAGCUUCACGCAUGUAUUAUGACCAAGACGAUACCGCUAGCGUUGUUCUGGGGCCCAGGACUCGCGUUCGAACUCAUGGUCUUCCUCACGGCUCUGUUGAACGCGAUAGCGCGACCACGAACGGCUUCGACGCGGCUCUCGGCUACCCUGUACAGGGAUGGAUUUCUAUACUUUGUGGUCCUUACGGCGAUGCGCACGGCGAAUCUAAUCAUUUCGGUCGUCUCACCACUCUCGCUUGUUCUCCUGCAAGUCUUUUUGGUGUGGUCGUUGAACAACAUCACGUUCUUCCGUCUGUUGUUCAACACGCACGCUAGCAGCGACGCAGAGGACGACGGCUUGUCGAUUUCGUCAGAUUUCGAGCGCGAUACGCCGCGCUCGAUCGUGGUACCUUCCCGAACGGGGUCGAGGAGCAGCAAGCUCUCCCCGGCGAAAGAUCCGCGAACGGGCUGGCCCGGCGAAUACGAGAUGGAACUGACGGUGACGAAGCACUCGUCGCGAGAGUUGUCAUGA